AGCGGCCGUGCGCGGUGACGGCCCGCGUCCCUGUUACUCAGCGGAGCGGCCGAGGCCGGACGACGCGGCCCGGAGUGCGGAGCCGCCAGCAGCGCUGGGUAACGGCCGCAGCGACCGUCCGGACGGCGCCCGUCCACCCCGCGGGCUUCCCUGUCGCCGUUCGCUGAGCUGCCGGCCUCAGUCAUUUAUAAUGGUUACCUCAGAUUCCCCAGCUGUGAUUAACAUUAAACCUAGGAGGUCAGAUGCUGUAAGUGAACAUGUUUAGUGCUGUGCCUGACAAAAGCAAGCAAUCAAAAUGGGACUUCCUUGAGGGCAGGCCUGUGUUGCAUCUGUUUCUCCACCACCUAGCCUGGAAUAUACUUCUUGGUGAAUUUUUGGAUGAAGCCAUUAAAUUAAUUGCUUGCCAUCAUGAGCAGAAGCAAGCGUGACAACAAUUUUUAUAGUGUAGAGAUUGGAGAUUCUACAUUCACAGUCCUGAAACGAUAUCAGAAUUUAAAACCUAUAGGCUCAGGAGCUCAAGGAAUAGUAUGUGCCGCUUAUGAUGCCAUUCUCGAAAGAAAUGUUGCAAUCAAGAAGCUAAGCCGGCCAUUUCAGAAUCAAACUCAUGCUAAGCGGGCCUACAGAGAGCUAGUUCUUAUGAAAUGUGUUAAUCACAAAAAUAUAAUUGGCCUUUUGAAUGUUUUCACACCACAGAAAUCACUAGAAGAAUUUCAAGAUGUUUACAUAGUCAUGGAGCUCAUGGAUGCAAAUCUUUGCCAAGUGAUUCAGAUGGAACUAGAUCAUGAAAGAAUGUCCUACCUUCUCUAUCAGAUGCUCUGUGGAAUCAAGCACCUUCAUUCUGCUGGAAUUAUUCAUCGGGACUUAAAACCGAGUAAUAUAGUAGUAAAAUCAGACUGCACUUUGAAGAUUCUUGACUUUGGGCUAGCCAGGACUGCAGGAACGAGUUUUAUGAUGACGCCUUAUGUAGUGACUCGCUACUACAGAGCACCUGAGGUCAUCCUGGGCAUGGGCUACAAGGAAAACGUUGACAUUUGGUCAGUUGGGUGCAUCAUGGGAGAAAUGAUCAAAGGUGGUGUUUUGUUCCCAGGUACAGAUCAUAUUGAUCAGUGGAAUAAAGUUAUUGAACAGCUUGGAACACCAUGUCCUGAAUUCAUGAAGAAACUGCAACCAACAGUAAGGACUUAUGUUGAAAACAGACCUAAAUAUGCCGGAUACAGCUUUGAGAAACUCUUCCCUGAUGUACUUUUCCCAGCUGACUCAGAACACAACAAACUUAAAGCUAGUCAGGCAAGGGAUUUGUUAUCCAAAAUGCUGGUAAUAGAUGCAUCUAAAAGGAUCUCUGUAGAUGAAGCUCUCCAGCACCCAUAUAUCAAUGUGUGGUACGAUCCAUCAGAGGCAGAGGCUCCACCACCAAAGAUACCUGACAAGCAGUUGGAUGAAAGGGAGCACACAAUAGAAGAGUGGAAAGAAUUGAUAUACAAGGAAGUUAUGGACUUGGAGGAGAGAACCAAGAAUGGAGUUAUACGGGGGCAGCCAUCUCCUUUAGGUGCAGCAGUGAUCAAUGGCUCUCAGCAUCCGUCAUCAUCGUCGUCUGUCAAUGAUGUGUCUUCAAUGUCCACAGAUCCAACUUUGGCCUCGGAUACAGACAGCAGUCUAGAAGCAUCAGCUGGACCUCUGGGCUGCUGUAGAUGACUACUUUGGCCUUGGGGGGGUGGGGGAGGGAUAUGGAUUUGCUUAGUCAUUGAUAGAACUACUUUGAAAACAAUUCAGUGGUCUUAUUUUUGAGUGAUUUUUCAAAAAAUGUAGACUUCAUUUUGUAGUAAAGUAGUUUAUUUUUUUUAAUUUCAAGUGAUGUAAUUUAAAACUUA